AUGGCCUACACCCAACCCCAUCCUCGACUCUCGGUCCUCUCAACUUCGUCCCUGCCGCCGUCUGCAGAUUAUGCGUCGCCGACGAACAGCUCGACCAGAUUCUCGCUGGCGUCGGCGCCAUCGCUCUCAAACACUUUAGUGGGCUCGACCAAGGCCACGAGUGCUAGGCCGAGCAUCUAUGAUCGCAAUCUCAAUAAGACUCGCUUCACCGAAGUAUCAGGCUCAGCAUUUGCGUUUCUCUUCUCAGAAAUGGUGCAGUACACACAGAAGCGUGUUAGUGGCAUUGGCGACCUGGAGAGACGGCUGAAUACUCUCGGGUAUCGUGUGGGGGUCCGGGUGCUGGAGAUGAUGAUGUUUCGCCAAGAAUCCUCCUCGAAGAAUCCGAAGCGCGAAACUAGGCUCCUCCCUGUGCUGAUGCUCAUACAUUCGCAAGUCUGGAAAGCGGUAUUUGGCAAGGCAGCUGAUGCCAUCGAGAAGAGCGUGGAGAACGCAGACGAAUACAUGAUCAUUGAUAAUGACCCACCUAUUGAACGCCACAUCUCUGUCCCGAGGGACAUGAGUCAGCUCAGUUGCUCAUCCUUCACCGCUGGCAUAGUAGAAGCGGUCCUAGACGGUCUGGGAUUCCCGGCUCGCGUCACGGCACACAAUACACCAACAACUCAGUAUCCGACAAGGUCAACAAUCCUUAUAAAGCUAGACAAAAUUGUCCUAGAACGUGAAGAACUCAUGAAAUAG